AUGAAGAAAGAGGAAGAGGAGGAGCAGGGAAAGAGAGAGUCAAAAGAAGACAUGAACAAGCCAAGUGAUGUAUCAACUAUCAAUGUCAAUGGACAUGAAAAGAUGGGCGCUUUCAAGUCCAAAUCACUGGCAACCAACAGCAACAGAUGGUUGUUUCUUGCCAUACUUUAUGAAGAUGAAAGUGAUGGAGUGUGGGGCAUUGGGUUGUUGGGAAUGAUGAAGAAGGUGUUUUGGCAAGAUCUAGAAAUGUCCAUUUUCAAUGUUCUUUGGAAAGUGAGGUGCUUUGUUUUGUGCAAAUUCUUCAUUUGGGAAAAUGGAAUGGUGUUGUAA